GGCGUCGCUAACUGAUGCAUUUACGAAAUGAGUCUGAAUAUUAGGCUAAAAUAAGUCCCGCUUUGUAACGGUUUCAGUUGAACCAAAUCAGGUUUGCUCAGGUUUGUGAGUCGGAGGCCUUAGCAGCUAAUGUUAGCCGCAUCAAAACAGCAGCGCAGCUACUUCCUCACCGAUGACCAACGGAGCAAGAUCACAUGGUUCCCGCACGCAGCUGUGGAAACUGAAAUCAGAGGGAGGGAUGAGUCUCUCCCCUGUUAUUGGCACAGAAGUGCCAGAAGCAGCUAAUGGGGUGGCGACGCCCGUCUCUCUGGAGAACGGCCCUCACGCGCCGGUCUCGGUAAAACACGGCGGGAGCAGGUUACCCGAUGACGGAGCGGAGUCGAUGGACGGGAGAACCGAGAACCACGUUGACACGGCAAACAGACUGAACGCUGCAGAAAGCAACUUAGACACUGAGACAGAUCUUCACGAGAGAACAUCUAGCUUAUCAUUACAUGGUCCCCAGGUGGUAGACCUCUCUUUUCAUGAUGACGCAGAAACAGGAAACUCCGAAUCCAAAGACACAGACAUUCCUGAGGGAUCGAAGGCCGAGGAUCUGGUUCUCAUGUGGGAUUCAGCACCGCAUGCAGAGGCCACAGAAGUAUGUCAGCAGGGAGGCCCUGACAUUGCAGAAAGACACCCGACAGAGGCUGAGAGUGAAGAGAGAAGGCUCGACAGGAGAGAGGAAGAUGAGGACGGAGAGAAAGAGAAGCAGGAUAUGGAGACGGACGAGAAGAACGAGAACAGGUGGAGGAACACUGGAGGAAGGGCAAAGAAGGAGCCCUCGCAACACUACUCCUCUUCAGCCCCCGGUCCCAGUACCACCUCCUCUUCUUCUACUCCUCAACCUGCUCUUCUCACCUCAGACGACACCCCAUGCCCUCCCCACGUCAUGGCCCAGGUUUGGGUUCGGAACAACCGGGGGAUGCAGGACAGCAAGAGCCUGGAUGAAAUCAGUCAAGCCUGCGGAGGUGGUCCAGGAGCCAGAGGAGGUGGCAGAAGCGGGCAGUCAGAGGGCCGAAGGGCCACCAUCUCCUCGGCUCUGGAGCUGGAAGGGACGGUCAGCCAUGAAGGAGACCUCACCAACUUCAUCACAAAGAACCUGGAGCAGAAGAUCAAAAUGAGCUCCAAGCCCAGCCUGGACUGCAGUGAUUCUGACUGCUCGGGUCCAAUCUACCGAAGCCGAGGGUUGUCACGGAGACCAGCGGACAUCCCGCCGAUCGACCCCACAGUUCUGUUGGACCUCCAGAGACACACCCAGGAGGUGGCCCACAGCGUGGAGAUGAUGAUGAAGAGCCUCAACGGGACCAUCCAGAAUAUGACGGCUCUGAGCGUUGGCUACAUCCAGACCUACAGAGACUCCGUGGACAGCCUGGGAGAGUCUGUAGACAUGAGCAUAAAGGGCAUGUAUACACUAAUGGCUCGUUGCGAGGAGCUGGAUCGCUCCAUGCAGCCCAUCCACACGCUGGCGGCUCAGAUCCGUGACAUCAAACGCACCCUGGAUGCUCUAGAAGCGAUCUGCAAGUAAACCCCCCCACCCCCUUCCCGAACACAGCUCCGACCUGCAAAGAUCCAACCUAAAGCUCAUCCACAAGAAACAAACAAAUAAACAAAAAAAAAAAGGAUGCCGGCAAGCAAACGCAGCCUUUUCUCGCAGGUAGCACACACACACUGCAGCGAAGAUCAAGUUCACCUCAGGAGUCUGGAACCCGCCGCUGCCCGGCAUGCUGAAUGAUUUCCACUCAUAGCUCUUCUGUGUGCCGUUUGAAGAUGACCCGUUUUUGUGUUGUGGGAUCUAAAAAGAAAUGCAUCGACUUUUGAGGAUGAGCUGUUCUUUUUGUUUUUGUUUUUUUUUCUUUUUUCUUCUUCUUGUCAAAAUUUCAAGAAGAAAAUCCCUCCAAAUUAACUCUUUCGCUCCGGAUACUUAGUAGGUCGCACCCAUGCACAAACACAAACCUCGCAGCAGGUGGGCUACACACAUUCGUUGUUCCUCCUUACAGUCUGAGGAGUGUGAUACUUUUAUCCGUCCAGCCUGCCUGGUUCAGAUUGCACUAACCUCUCCUCCGCAGACGGGGGCGAUAUUUCUGUCUCUGGAGAGGCAAGACUAAACUGAUCGGAAGACGGUGACAUUUGCACUGGAACAGAAAGUCUAUUUUUUAAUCUUAUGCAACAAGCAGGUUCCUUCACUGUGUGUGUCUGUAUGUUUUUAUUUAUUCAGUCUGCUCAGCAUGCGUGCUUGUUCAGGAAAAAAAAAAAAAGAACAAAAAAACCAAAACAAAACAUUGCGUCUGUGUGUCACGGUAAUGUCUGCCGUCUAAUGGGCUCCGAUCUGUACCGAGAGUCUUUCACUUUAUCCACUCCGAUUCUCUCCCAUCACCUGAAAGGGACGAGUCAACCGUUAAAUCACAGAUCUGCUUCGUUAAUAACAAGCCAGAAUCUGCCACGAGUCUCCGUCUCCUUCCUCUGCGGCGGCGUAAAACGAAGAGACGAAGUGAGGAACAUAACCGGGGAGAGUAAUCUUAAGUGAUCCUAAAACUGUCUUUGAACGUUGUCCAAAUAAUAAAAUAUUAAAAAGUACCAGAUAUUUUACUC